AUGGACAUGCUUUGCACCGCAAGUCCUGCAGACAUCCAUUACAUUUUGAGCAAAAACUUCCCUAAUUACCCAAAAGGCGACAAAUUCGGUCAGAUCUUUGAUAUCAUUGGAGAUGGAUUUUCCAAUACCGACGGAGAAUUAUGGCGGUUCCACAGUAAAACACUCCUGCUCCUCCUAAACCAUCCUAGCUUUGAUAGUCUACUCAAAAAGACUAUAUGGAACAAAGUUGAAAAAGGGUUACUACCGUUUCUUGACAACAUUUCAAGACAAGGGGUGGAGAUAGAUUUGCAGGAGAUAUUUCAAAGAUUUGGGUUUGAUCUUACAUGUGGGAUAAUCAUCGAUUACGACCCCGAAAGCCUAAGAAGGGAUCUUAGUAGACAUAUCAUGCCAGAAAAGGUGUGGAAGUUGCAGAGAUUACUUAGAAUGGGAAAUGAGAAAAAGUUAAGUGGUGCAUGGAAAAUUAUUGAUGAAUUUAUAUACAAAGCGUUAGCUGAAAAACGUAAGGAGUAUGGUGACAUCAAGUAUGAAGGUGAAGAGGAAGGGGAAAGUUUUAAUUUUUUAAGAUCUCUAAUGAGAGAGUUAAAAGACCAAAGUGGGAGGUCUGGGGAUCCCAAUAAGUUUUUAAGAGAUAUCUCGUUUAAUUUGAUACUUGCAGAGUUUUUGGAGCUUGAUUUGAAUGCUGAAACACCCCUACUCGCAGGAAGAGACUCAACUGGUAGCACUCUCUCUUGGUUAUUCUAUCUUAUUGCCAAAAACCCAAUAGCAGAAGAUAAGAUCCAAGAAGAGCUUGACACACAACUAGAGGGAAAAUGCAAUGAUAUCCGAGCAAUAGAGUUGUCGAAACUGGUUUAUCUCAAUGGUGUAAUAUGUGAAACCCUAAGGCUUUUCCUGCUGUACCGUUUGAGCACAAAAUUCCAGUACAACCGGAUACGCUUCCAAGUGGAUGUCAAGUAG